CAGCUCAUAGUCCUCAGAAAGAAGUGCCCUGGGACGCUUUUGGUUCCACUGCUCGUCAACUCGGAAACAAAACCGUCCGUACCACUUCUACUACCAACAGUAGUGCCAUUACAUCUUCUCCAUUUCCCGCCUCCAACAGUCCACCAGACCGAAAACGUUCCGCUCAACCACGAGCCACCGUGCCGAUCGAUUCGAACCGCCAGCCCAUCUGCCUCCCCCCCGCACUAUUUCGCCGGCCAAACCAGCUUCCCCUGUCUCUCUUCGAGCAUCUCCUAGCCCUGGCCGGUUCUGGCCGUCUGAUGAUCCACUCUGAUUCCGACGCCCCAACGCUUGUUUCGUCAACCAAGAGCGUCCUGCACCCGUCAUUGCUACAAUCCGAAUCCAUGACAGCCCUGGCUACCAUGGUGGGGGGCAACAAGGCCGUCAUGAAGAGGAAUACGAGAGCAUUUGUUGGUGACAAAAUAGAGCAGGCCCUGCUUGGGCCUCAAUCUGAGAAAAUGACAAAGGAGGACGAGAAGGCGGACGUAGAACCGCACAGGAAGGGCUCCAUCGGCACAUCGACAAAUCAAAGCAGCCGCUCAAGCCGCCAGACGAGCCUCGAAUGCUCACCCAUGACCGCUACGACAUCAUUGGACACGGACCUGUCAGAUUUGAGCAAAGAUGAACACUUUAGCCUCCCCGACGCACUUCGCGAUAUCGAGCCUCCACAUGCCGUUCAAGCCUACAGCCACAGUGCCAAAGCUCCCUUGCGGCCAAAUCCUACUCUCCCGCUCAUCCCCUCGGAUGGCCGGCCUAAGAAUUUUGGUGUCGUUGUCCCUGGAGUAUACCGCAGUAGUUUUCCGCAGAGCGAAGACUACCCGUUCAUCGAGGGCCUCAAGUUGAAGACUAUGGUCACAUUGGUCCAAAAGGACUUCCCCGAGGGCUUUGAUGCUUUUCUCAGCAGAAAUGGCAUUAAGCAUCACGUGUUCGACAUGAAGGGCACCAAGAAAGAGGCCAUCCCCAUCACGACAAUGAAGGCCAUCCUUCGACUGGUGCUCAACCAAGCCAAUCACCCGCUCCUGAUUCACUGCAACCACGGAAAGCAUCGCACCGGCUGCGUGGUUGGAAUUGUUCGCAAGACUCUUGGCUGGGACGUGAACAAUAUCCUCGAGGAGUACCGGAGUUAUGCCGAGCCCAAAGUCCGCGAGACAGAUGUCAACUACAUCCAAGGAUUCGAAAUGGCCCAAAUCUCGAACCUCUUCUCCAAGGACAUGACCUUGCGGCGAUUUGGGUCGCCCAAGUUCGCCCACUCCACGGUCGUGGCCAUUAUUUUCUUGUUAUUCUGGUAUCAUUUUUCCGGAAUUUCGCUGCCAACAUCGGAGGCGAUGGAUCGCAAGCUGCUUACCCAGUAGCUUUUCGGCAUCACAUUCGGAUACCGGUCGGUUCUUCUUGGUCGUCAUAUUACACUUUUUGGUCCUCACAAAUCCUACGGGCGCCAUACACGAUUGGCG